GCCGCAGACAUGGAGAAACUCAGGCUGCGCAGCCCCUGGGUGCCCUCGUGCCUUGGGCAGCCCCGCGUCCUGCAGGGCCGACGGGCCAGGUCCUCGCCCUCGCUCUGGGACAGCGCGCUGCAGGAGCAGAAGGGCGAGCUGCGCAAGCGGCUGUCCUACACCACGCACAAGCUCGAGAAGCUCGAGACCGAGUUCGACUCCACCCGCCACUACCUGGAGAUCGAGCUGCGCCGCGCGCAGGAGGAGCUGGAGAAGGUCACGGAGAAGCUGCGCAGGAUUCAGAGCAACUACAUGGCGCUGCAAAGGAUCAACCAGGAGCUGGAGGACAAGCUUUACCGCAUGGGCCAGCACUACGAGGAAGAGAAGCGAGCUCUUAGCCACGAGAUUGUCGCCCUCAACAGCCACCUGCUGGAGGCCAAGGUGACCAUCGACAAGCUAUCAGAGGACAACGAGCUCUAUAGGAAGGACUGCAACCUAGCGGCCCAGCUGCUGCAGUGCAGCCAGACCUACGGCAGGGGCCGUAAGGUGUCCGAGCUGCCCUCGGAGUUCCAGGAGCGGGUGAGCCUGCCCAUGGAGAAGCAAGGCUGCAGCCUGCCCUCCCCGCUCUGCCGCCCGGCCUACGCCGAUAGCGUCCCCCCCUGCGUCCUCGCCAAGGUGCUGGAGAAGCCCGACCCCGGCAGCCUGUCCUCCCACCUGUCGGAUGCCUCCGCCCACGACCUGGGCUUCCGCGACGGGCUGGAGAAGCCGGGCCCCCAGCCCCCCUACAAGGGGGACAUCUACUGCAGUGACACGGCCCUCUACUGCCCCGAGGAGCGGCGCCGUGACCGGCGGCCCAGCGUGGACGGGCCCGUGAGCGACGUGGGCUUCCUGCGGGCCCAGAAUUCCACCGACAGCGCGGCCGAGGAGGAGGAGGAGGCGGAGGCGGCGGCCUACCCCGCGGGCUACCGGCACGAGGCCUUCGGGGGCUACGCGGCCUCGCUGCCCACGUCCAGCUCCUACUCGAGCUUCAGCGCCACGUCGGAGGAGAAGGAGCACGCCCAGGCCAGCACGCUCACCGCCUCCCAGCAGGCCAUCUACCUGAACAGCCGCGACGAGCUCUUCGGCCGCAAGCCGCCCGCGGCCUAUGGGAGCAGCCCGCGCUACGCCUCGGCCGCGGCCGCAGUGGCCGCCCCGCUCGAGGCCGAGGUGGCUCCCGGGUUCGCGAGGACUGUGUCGCCGUACCCCGCCGAGCCCUACCGCUUCCCGGUCUCCCCGGGCCCCCAGCCCGCCCUGAUGCCCCCCAAUCUGUGGAACCUGCGGGCCAAGCCCGGGUCGGCCCGGCUGGCCGCAGAGGACGUGCGCGGCCAGUGGCGGCCGCUGAGCGUGGAGGACAUUGGCGCCUACCCCUUCCCGGCCGCCGCCGCCGCCGCCGCCGCCGCCGCCGCCGCCCCCGGCCGCGCCUCGCCCGGCAGCUUCAACGACCGCUACUUCGGGGCCGGAGGCGGCCCGGGCGAGAAGGCCGCGGGCCGCGCCAGCCCCCUCUAUGCCAGCUACAAGGCUGACAGCUUCUCGGAGGGCGAUGACCUCUCCCAGGGCCACCUGGCCGAGCCCCGCUACCUCCGGGCGGCCGGCGACCUGAGCCUCAGCCCCGGCCGCGCGGCCGACCCCCUGCCCAGUUACGCGGCCGGCGAGGGGGAGCGGGAGCGGCUCGGGGUGCAGCUCUGCGGGGCGGGCGGCAGCCCCGAGCCCGCGCACAGCCCCCGCAGCUCCCGGGAUUCCCUGGAGCCCAGCUCCAUGGAGGCCUCCCCGGAGAUGCACCCCGGCGCCCGCCUCAGCCCCCAGCCCGCCUUCCCUCGGACGGGCGGCUCCGGGCUCAGCCGCAAGGACAGCCUCACGAAAGCCCAGCUCUAUGGAACCCUGCUCAACUGAGCACCCACGUGCAGGCCUCGGCCACGGCCACCCCCGCACACCGGGUCCCCAGGGGUGCUGCCUCGCCUCCCCGAAACCCCCCUCCCGGCCCCCCACACGAGGACCCCUCUCCACCUAACCCAGCCGAGCCUGAGAGGGGGACCCCCACCCACGUGUCUCGUCCGCCCCUGCGCCCCCGCGGUGGAACAUGCUCACGUGGCAAGAUCCUUCCCCACCUGAGAUGAGCAUCCCCCCGGUUAUAAAGUGCGACUGUUUUUAUAGAGCAAAAGUGUUCUUCUUAACGCACGCGGCCUCCAGCUCCCUGGAUGGCAGCCUGGGCGUUUUCGACACAAGGCUCCUUGAUUUUCAGGUGAGGGCAGGUGGGGCCCGCCCCUUGGAGGGAAGGACGGUGUCCCACGGAGACACCCCCCGCAAGCCAGUGACAAGGGAACCCUGAAGCUCUGUCCACAAAGAGGGGGACUGGAACGGGUGGAGGGACGUGAGAUGUCUUCAGCUGUUCUCGCCGGGUGGCCGACGACGCCCCCAGCGCUCCCGUGGUCCGUAGUCCCGAGUGGGGCCGGUGCUCGUCCCCCCAGUGUCCCGCUCCCCGGCACCACCUCGCGCUACCUCAGAUGUAAUGAGGCCCUCCGACCCUGGUUUCUGUAGCUUGCUUUCCUGUUGUCUGUGAUGCAUGCCCUGUCUCAGUACUGUAUUUUGCAUUCAUUAAUAAAAGACAUCGGUGGAAAGAA